ACUGCACUCUGCAUCCCCACUGCCAUCACAACGGCUGCAUCUCACACCAGCUUUCCCCAGAGACACACAGCUGUAAGAGGGGAGACCAGAGGGGAGACCAGAGGGAGAGUACCCGACCGUGACAGAGGAUUGCCGUUGGGAUAUCAGCCAUGAGAGGAGAUACUUAUUACCGUCUGCUGGUCACGGCCACUGUAGCUUCUCUGCUGCAGACAGGCAUCCAUGCCAGGACCAAAGGAGAUAACGUAUCAGUCACUCUUCCAAACUGGAGGACAAAUUCUGAAUAUGUCACAAUGUGUGACUUUAACAGUGACAUCACUCCAUUUUGUGACUGGACCUCAGAAGGUUUUCUAAGAAGCCAAAUGGAAACAGAAGAGCACGCUGUCUCUCCGGAGGGAGUGUUGGUGAGCUCGUCGGGUGAGGCCCUUCUGGAGAGCGGUGUUCUGGAUUUGUCAAAUGAGGCGUGUCUGGAGUUCUGGUACCAGACUCCUGCAGAGGCUCAGGGUGUGGAUCUGCGAGCCCUUCUCAGAGACAGCGCCGGCCAGCGAGAGAUGUGGACCUCGCCUGCCCUGGGUGGAGAUGACUGGAGACAAGUGUUUGUCCCUUUGAUCACCACUGAUGACACCUUUGCACAGGUUGUGUUGGAGGCUGUGCACAGCCUGCCUGAGGGAGGGAAGGUUUCCAUUGACCGCGUAGGAGUCCGGAGAGGACAGUGUGGUAUCCAGUGUGACCUGGACUCUCAGUUCUGGACAGACCAGAACACCCAAUGCGUGUGUUCAGCUGGCCAGCUCUCCUGCUCCUCCUCCUCCAAAAACUCCUCCUGUGCUGAUGGUCAGACCUGUGGUCCUCAGAGAUCCAGCAGCCCCGGGACCUGCACUGCCCACAGCGACUCCUACUGCAGUACCUUUGACGGGGCCGUGUUUAGCUUUGUGGGCUCCUGCACCUACGUCCUGACGAAGGUGUGCUCGCCCCUGGAGUCCCUGGCCCAGUUCAGUGUUGAGGUGCGGAGCAAACAGAAGGACAACUCGUCCCUGCCAUCCAUCGAGCAGGUCAACGUAGCGCUGGGGAACCUGAGGGUGUCCAUGCUGAAGAGGCAGAAUCACCGAGUCAUGGUGAACGGUAUCUGGAGGAAGCUCCCUCUGAGCCUGAACGGAGGCUCGCUCAAGAUCCUCAGCAACCUCGCCAGGGUCGUCCUUAAAACCGACUUUGGCCUGUUUGUUUCCUACGACGAAACUAGCACCGCCCACGUCACCUUGCCCGCCUCCUACUCUGGCAAGGUCUGUGGCAUGUGUGGGAAUUUCAACCAGUGGAGGGACGAUGACCUCCGAACCCCGGAUGGCGUGACGGCCCCCAGCGCCAAUGCCCUGGUCCAAAGCUGGCAGAGCUCCAGGGAGGGGUCCUCCUGUGAAACCCCUGUAACCCCCCACCCAUGCUCCCCCAGCCAGGAGGCAGAGUACUCCAGUGAGCCCUACUGCGGAGCGCUGGUCUCGGGCACAGGGCCCUUCGCAGGCUGCCUCUCCGUCCUGGGGGCCGAGAGCUACUUCCGGAGCUGCGUGGCAGGGAUGUGCAAUUCCCACGCAGAUCCGUCCUCAAUGUGCGACACCAUGCAGGCCUACGCUCACCUGUGCAUCAAGGCUGGAGUCCUGGUGCCCGCCUGGAGGAACUCGUCUAUCUGUCCCUUGGAGUGCGGCGCCAACAGCCACUACAACGCCUGCUCCGAGGGCUGCCCCGAGGUGUGUUCCGCCCUGGACGCGGCGGUGGCGGGACCAUGUGGCAGCUGCCAGGAGAGGUGCGAGUGCGACCCCGGCUUCAAGCUCAGUGUGGUGGGCUGCGUCCCCACCGAGGACUGCGGAUGCUGGAUGGACGGAAACCACUACGAGAGAGGAGUCUCCUUCAUGGACGGCGAGUGCAAGCAUGAGUGCCGCUGCAUGGGCGACAACAACAUCCAGUGUCUGUCCACGUCCUGCGGCGCGGGGGAGGUGUGCACGGCCUUGGACAGUGUCCACGGCUGCCACGCCUCGGCCCCCGUCACCUGCAGCGUCUACGGAGACCCCCACUACAUCACCUUCGACGACAAGAAGUACGUCUUCCAGGGGGGCUGCAACUACACCCUGGCCACCACCUGCGGGGGGCACACGCCCAUCCAGUUCACCGUGAGCGGACGCAACCAGAACCCAGGCAGCCGGCCUUGGUCCAAUCUGGACUCUGUGGCCCUGAGGGUCCAGGAGCUCCACAUGCUCCUACACCACAGCCUGGAUGUCUAUAUGAACGGUGGUUUGGCUGCUCUGCCCCUGGAAUACAACGGGACAUCCAACCAGUACUCCGUGAGAGUGUCCCGGAAGGCGCAGUUUGUCGUUGUGGAGACAGACUUUGGUCUGAAGAUGCAGGUGGACGGCAAGGGCAGGCUCUUCCUGGAGGUGGACGAGCGCUACUACGCCGAGAUGUGCGGCCUGUGCGGCACCUACUCCAACGACCAGGAAGACGACUUUCUCAUGCCAGACGGCAACUCCACCACCGAGAGCUUUGUGUUUGGCAACAGCUGGAGAGAGGUGGAUGAUAGUCACCACUGUGUCGCCCGGCCCGAUGAGCCCCCCACCUGUGACCCGCACCUGGAGAGCGAGGCCUUGGCGGAGUGUGAAAAGCUCGGGGGGCUGGCGUUCCAGCCCUGCCACGGCACCCUGCACGCCCAGAUCUACAUGGAAAGCUGCCAGUAUGACCACUGCACCUCGGGUGGAGACCGCCGGGUGCUCUGCGCCUCUCUGGAGAGCUACGUGGCAGCCUGCCAGGUGGCCGGGGUGGAGCUGGGGGACUGGAGGAACGACACAGCCUGCGCUGUUCUCCCUACCCCUAACCCUACUGAGCCCAGUACAACCCACAUGACUAUGUGUCCCCUGAACUGUAACUUUGAUGACAACCUGUGUGGGUGGGAGCAACUCAUCCAGGACAGCUUUGAUUGGACAAGACGGAGUGGACCAACCCCCUCUGACCUCACUGGACCUACUCAAGAUCACACCUCUGGAUACGGCUUCUACAUCUACAUUGAGGGCGACGGCGUGCACCAUGGGGACUCUGCCCGCCUCCUCAGCUCCACCUGCCAGCUCAGAGGACAGUCCUGCCUGCGCUUCUUCUACCACAUUUACGGGCAGGCGACAGCCAUGGCCCUCAACAUCUACCUGCUGCACCAGGGCAAGGCCACCAAGCUGUGGUCCCGGGUCAACAACCAGGGCUCUGAGUGGCUUCCUGCUGCCAUUGAUAUUGAUGUCUCAGGACCAUACCAGAUCAUCAUCGAGGGCAUCAGAGGCUCGGACCCUGGGACUGACGUGGCUCUGGAUGAUAUCUCCGUCCAGGCGGGAUCCUGCUCAGGGUAUUUCGGGAUAGGGGACAGUGAGACGUCAGUUACUUCCAUUCCAGGGGACAAGGGUGUCUCAUUCCCAGCCUGUGACAUCGACUGCGGUUUCGACACCAACCUCUGCAGUUGGGAGCAGACGAUAACCGACGCUUUUGAUUGGACCUGGCAGAGUGGCUCCACCCCCACCCUGAUGACCGGCCCAUGGUUUGAUCACACACGUGGAGAUACCACUGGUCACUACCUGUACAUCGAGGCUAGCAGCGUGUCGUACGGGGACACGUCCCGUCUAAUCAGCUCCGAGUGCUCUGAACCGGGGCCCCAGUGUCUCCAGUUCUGGUACCACAUGCACGGCUCAGCCGAGACCAUGGGCCUGCACGUCUACCUGCUCCAGGGACGCUUUGCCGAUGGGGUGUGGUGGAAGAGGAACGAACAGGGAGAUGCAUGGAGACUGGCCCAGGUGGACCUCAACACCACUGGUCCAUUCCAGAUCAUCUUUGAGGGACGUAGGGGAUCAAACGAUGAGUCUGACGUGGCCAUAGAUGACGUGUCUCUUCAUCGUGGAAACUGUGCCGAUCUGAUUAAACCAACAGCGCCAGCAACCCCUGGCCCAAUCACAACUCAGAAGCCUGUGACUCCUCCUGUCUAUACCUCCACUCUACAACCACCAAUCCCAACCACUGAUAGACCACUGCCCGCAACUACAGCAAGUCCUGUAAACCCGACCACACAGAAACCUGUACCUCCAACCACGGAAAGACCACAACCCCCAACCACAGCAGGUCCUGUGAACCCAACCACACAGAAACCUGUACCUCCAACCACAGAAGGACCACAACUUCCAACCACAGCAAGUCCUGUGAACCCGACCACACAGAAACCUCUUCCUCCAACCACAGAAAGACCACAACCUCCAACCACAGCAAGUCCUGUGAACCCGACCACACAGAAACCUGUACCUCCAACCACAGAAAGACCACAACCUCCAACCACAGCAAGUCCUGUGAACCCGACCACACAGAAACCUGUACUUCCAACCACAGCAGGUCCUGUGAACCCGACCACACAGAAACCUCUUCCUCCAACCACAGAAAGACCACAACCUCCAACCACAGCAGGACCUGUGAACCCGACCACACAGAAACCUGUACCUCCAACCACAGAAGGACCACAACCUCCGACCACAGCAGGUCCUGUGAACCUGACCACACAGAAACCUGUACCUCCAACCACAGAAGGACCACAACCUCCGACCACAGCAGGUCCUGUUAACCCGACCACACAGAAACCUUUUCCUCCAACCACAGAAAGACCCCAGCCUCCAACAACCAUAAGGCCAACGCCCUCUUGCCCUAAGAACAGCCACUACACCACAUGUAUCUCAGCUUGCCAGCCCACCUGUAAGUACCUGCAUGGCCCCCCUGCCUGCCAAGCUGACGAGCCCUGUGUGGAGGGCUGUGUGUGUGACGACGGCUUUGCACUCAAACAGAGAGUGUGCGUGCCCAUCCAGCAGUGCGGCUGCGUGGACCGUAGUGGUAAUGUCCAUCAAUUUGACGAAGUGUGGUACACAGAGCACUGCAGUGAGAAGUGUGAGUGUGAAGAAAAGCACGGACUGGGAGAGAUUGAUUGUGACGACAAAGACGAAUGUGAUGAUGAUUCUGUUUGCCUUCAAAACGAGCAGGGCCAGUAUCACUGUAAAUCUACAGACUUCAGCGAGUGCAGCAUCAACGGAGACCCAGAGUACAGGACUUUUGACGACAUGAAGCACGAGUUUGAGGGACGCUACUCCUACAUCCUGGUCCAGACCACUGACCUGUCAAAGAACCUUCCAGAACUUUACAUCGAGGGUAUCAAUGAACUGAUUGAUGACCACGAUGGAGAACAAAACAGUAUCGGUGAGGACAGCAGUCACAGCGACAGUAGCAGUGAACAGGACAGCAGCGAUGAAGACAGUAGAGAGGACAGUGAUGCCAUGCGUCUGAGAGGCCUGAAGAUCCGCGUCUACAACCACACCGUGGAAUUUAAGGAAAACAGGAAACUGGUGCUGGAUGGAAGGACCACUCGUACCCCUGUCUCCCCAACUAGUGGUCUACAGAUUCGCGAGCGAUCCUCUCGUAUCUACUUGAAGACAGACUUUGGCCUCUCUGUAGAGUUUGAUGGGCACAACAGAGCAGAGAUUGUCCUGCCACACGUGUACAAGAGGAGGGUCGGGGGCCUUUGUGGGAAUUUUGAUGGUAAACGGAAGAACGACCUGAUGAAGCCGACCGGUGACAAGGCCAAGAAUGUACAGGAAUUUGGCGAGAGCUGGAGAGUGACAGACGACAUGCUGAUAAUCCAAAGGAGGCGAUCGUCUCCCUCUCAUGGUUCCUCAGUUUGAGAUGAGACUGCCAGGUUUCUCCACGGCCAGGUGUGUUGAUCAUGGUUCAGCUCUUGUACAACUCAGAGGUGCUUCUGGACACUUACAGCCACGUUGAUGAACUCCCCUCUCUCAAUCUCUCACCAGGAUGCAAAAAACAAUCCUGUUAUGGAGCUUUCUAAAUAGCAUUGUCCUGUCUGUGCACAUAUCAUAACGUUUUCCCAUGUGACCCCUGUAUACAGCACCCCACACAUGUAUUAAAAAGAAGUGUCACACCCACAAAUGUCGUAUUAAUUCCAAAACUAUGUAUUAAA